GCCGCCGGGCCCCGCCGGCCCGCGCCUCCCGGCUUCGCGCCCGGCCUCAGGACCGUGGCCUCGUCCCCCAACAGACCCCGCGAAGACAGCUGGCUGAAAUCUUUAUUCGUCCGUAAAGUCGACCCGAGGAAAGAUGCCCACUCCAACCUCCUGGCCAAGAAGGAGACCAGCAGCCUGUACAAACUGCAGUUUCACAACGUGAAGCCGGACUGCUUGGAAGCGUACAACAAAAUCUGCCAGGAAGUGCUGCCCAAGAUCCACGAGGAGAAGCAGUACCCGUGCACGUUGGUGGGGACGUGGAACACGUGGUACGGGGAGCAGGACCAGGCCGUCCAUCUCUGGCGGUACGAGGGAGGCUACCCGGCCCUCACUGAGGUCAUGAACAAGCUCAAAGAAAAUAAGGAGUUCUUCGAGUUCCGCAAGGAGAGAGGGAACAUGCUGCUGUCUCGCAAGAACCAGCUGCUGCUGGAGUUCAGCUUCUGGAAUGAGCCCGUUCCCCGACCGGGCCCCAACAUCUACGAACUGCGGUCCUACCAGCUCCGACCAGGAACGAUGAUCGAAUGGGGCAACUAUUGGGCCCGGGCCAUCCGCUACCGCCAGGACAAUCAGGAAGCCGUCGGAGGAUUCUUCUCUCAGAUCGGCCAGUUGUACAUGGUGCAUCACCUGUGGGCAUACAAAGAUCUCCAGUCCAGAGAAGACACACGGAACUCGGCCUGGAACAAACACGGCUGGGAAGAACUCGUGUAUUACACAGUGCCCCUCAUUCAGGAAAUGGAGUCCAGGAUCAUGAUACCGCUGAAGAUCUCGCCUCUUCAGUAAAGCUGGGAUUGACUUCCUUGUGCCUGCCUAGGUCUAAGUGACAAGUAUUUGUCUUCAGUUAAUUUGGUGGUAUACCCGGAAUAUCAUGGUGAGAGAGUAGCAUCGCAAUGUGAAACUGCUGUGUGUCGCUUAUCAAAGAUUGAGAGAGAGAGAGGCGCCUCUUUCCUCCAGAGUCUAAAUAGCAGUGGGCCCCAAAGAAAAGUGUCCCGGCUCACUGGCCGGUGGUCCCGGGGCUCCAGGACUUGCCCCCCCCGAAGCGGCCAACAGGCCCGUCUCCGGGGGGAGGCUGGGAUGCCGCGUGAAUCGGAACCACCUAAAAUUAGAAUCCAAUCGGGAACCCAACUUCUAUCCAGUUUUCUCUAGUAGGGCAGCAUCGGCGGCGAGCCCGUCCCCGCAGACGUCCCGCCGGCUGCAGCCAGUUCUGGGAGCGCCGGGCCACGUGGUUCGCGGGGCUUCUACCCCGGCUGCUCCGGGAGCCGCUCAGACCACGCGUGGGCGCGUCACCCACUGCGACGUCCCCAGAAAAGUUCCAGAUGGAUAGAUGCCGGUAGCGUAUCCCUUCCCUGACCGGGUGGCGGUCGGUCCGCGCAUCCAAGAGAGUUCCAUCCUGGGAGAAACCGAUGCCCAGAUGCGAAAUAUCCGAUCUCUAGGCUGGGCUCGGGUCUGUGGGGGCAAAAUGUCACCCCCGGCCCACGUUGGACCAGAGAAGGAGCCGGAGGCACAGCUUGGUCUGGGGUUUGGAAAAGAAAUUCCUUCAAGAGCACUGAGUGUUUCUUUUUAAAUUACAUUUUCCACAAUCGAAGCAGAGAGAGGCUAGGGGAGGGGUCCGCUCUCCCGGCCAUCGGAGUUGGGAGACCUGCCGCGGCAGACAUUUCCCCGACGGCGCUUGGAAAGGGUGUACGUAGGCCAAGACCCCCCCCCCCCCCGGGUGUCCGUGUCCUGUCCGUUUCUGUCAGAUUUCGUUUCUGAGUGUUGUGUUCCCGCCGUGUCCGUGUCCGUCAUGACGUGAAAUCUUGUCGCGAUGAUAUGUUACCGUCUGCCCCAGAUAGCUAAAGUAUCGCAGUGUAAAUUACAGUGUGUACAAAUCACAGAACAGAUGUCUAAUUUGUACAUUUGAAUGGUUUUCUGCUAGAGCACAUAAAGUCAAUAAAAUCCCUUUAAUUUUCACAUA